GAGAGAGAGAGAGAGCAUCAAGUCACCAGGACAGGCUCCACCAUCCACACACUGUAAGGUACAAGUGCCACAAGGAGACUAUAUUCCUCUAAAAUAAUGGAUGGGACAAAGCCGGCCAUGGAGUCCAACGCAGAGGAGACUCAGGACGAGGGACAGGAGAGCAAAGGAUGCUUCGAGUGCUGCAUCAAGUGUCUGGGCGGGGUGCCCUACGCCUCCCUGGUGGCCACCAUCCUCUGUUUCUCAGGCGUGGCUCUGUUCUGCGGCUGCGGCCACGUGGCGCUCACCGGCACCUUGACCAUGCUGGAGAACCAUUUCUCCAGGGUCACCACGGACCAUGCCACCCUCACCUUGGUGAUCCAGAUCUUUCAGUACAUCAUCUACGGUAUUGCCUCUUUCUUCUUCGUCUACGCCAUCAUCCUGCUGGCUGAGGGCUUUUACACCACCAGCGCCAUCAAGAAGGAGCUGCAGAGCGACUUCAAGACCACCGUCUGUGGACGCUGCAUCACCGCCUUUUUUAUGUUCCUGACCUACAUCCUCGCUCUGGCAUUCCUUGCCAUCUUCGGCUUCACGGCGAUACCUGUUUUCCUGUUUUUCAACAUGUGGAAUACCUGCGCUGCCAUGAAGUCUUCUGAGGCCAACAUCACCUUGCCUGACUCCAUCUGUGUGGAUGUCAGGCAGUAUGGUAUUAUUCCCUGGAACGCCACUCCGGGAAAAGCUUGUGGAGCCACACUGGGGGACAUCUGUAACACCAGCGAGUUCUACCUGUCCUACCACCUCUACAUUGUCGCGUUUGCUGGCGCCGGUGCCACCGUCAUCGCAUUGAUCCACUACCUGAUGAUUUUGGCGGCCAACUGGGCCUACCUGAAGAGCGCCGUCUCCACGCACGAGUACCAGGACAUCAAGACCAAGGAUGACCAGGAUCUGGAGGCCGAGGCACGCUCCAAGGAGGGCCAGAACUCCUCCUCCUACUCAUAAGGACAAGCGAUCCUCUCCCGCCACCACCCAUCUCCUCUCCACACCUCAACCCCCCACCCUGCAACACCCAGCGCCCACCCCUCCCUCCGUUAAAACAAACCACCUCGGUCAUGUUUGAUAGUCCCCCAACCUCCUGAUUCUCCAUCCUCUUCCCUUCCAUGAUGUUUCUUAAGAGUCGCGGGCUCACACCAGAAGGGAAGAGAAUAGAGGAUCAGGAGAAGCGGCAGGCCCAGACGGAGGCAGAUGCUUCAGAAUGGGAGAGCUCGCCCGCCGGGGUGGAGCUCAGGUACGGUACAUCAGUUCAGAAGCGUCUCCUCCCCCGUGCUUUUGGGCGGCGGCUCGUGAACGUGGCCCGGCUGUGAUGGCCUCGCGCCCUGAGCCAGCACAGCCUCUCGACACACAGCUCCUAACAGCCUAAAUAAACAUUGUUCACUGUCUGCUUCAGCCACAGAGAAGCCAGGCAGCGACCAACUUCCUCCGUUUUUUGGUGUUUUAUAUGCAUAUAUAUAUGAAUAUGAAUAUAUUGUGCGAAUGUGUACGAAUGUUGUUGUUUUUUUUAAUACUCUCUGAAAAGUAUGCCAGGUCCUAUUACGAUCUUUCUUCUUCUUUAUGUUUUUGCGCUCAUAGGUUUUUUCUCCUUUGCUUUCUUCUCCAUUUUAGACUUUUUAUUGCUAAUGCUCGAUAUGUUGUUGCACUAUUACGAAAACUAAAAAAUAAGGGAGAAUGAGAAUCCCUUAAAAACACAAAGCACCCCAGCCCCCCCUCUCUCAUAGAAAUACCUAAAAGACUCCAAUCAUGUGGUAUCUCAAGGAUUAUUGUGCAUUUACAUGAUCAGAGUUUAUUUAUCUGCCAAGGUAUUAACCGUUUAUUUAACACCAGAGGUGUAGCAAACUUUUAUUAAAGGAAUACUUUUGGUACAUACGCUUAUUAGCUUUCUUGUCAAGGGAUAGAUGAGAAGACUGAGAUCAAUCUCAUGUCUGGAUGUUGAAUAUGAAGCGAGAGCUAGCAGCCGGCUAGCCUACGUUAGCAUAAAAAGUGUAACUUUGCUCUGUUUAGAGGCAACAAAAUCUGCCUACAAGCAUCUUUAACGCCUCGUUUCCAGUUUUGUUUUGUGUGUAUUUAUACAUAAAGUAUAAUGAGUGUGCCCCCAGUGAUGAAUGCUAGGAAAUGCAUCUCUUUACAGAUCAAAAGAUGUGUGGAUGUGUGUUAGCUAGCUAAACGUGCCAUCAAUCUUUUCAAUUAAAAAAAUGUGCGGUAUGCAGCCCACUGAAUAUGCCCAGUAGUGUUUCUCCUACUGGCCCCGCCCAUGAGUUCCCUCUUGGCUUUACACUGUGAUGACGUCACAGACUUUAAAAUCGCUACUCAACAAGAGGAAAGUUUUACAAAUAUUAAACCUGAUGGUUUAAAAAUUCAGAAUAGAAAGACCUUGUUCACAGUUCGCAAGCAAUUUUACAGACGUCUCUUUUAGGAUGGGGGUCUAUGGGGAAAAUGCUUAUUGGGCUGCAGGGGAAUUUUUUCACUGCAAUACCAGGAAUGGCCACUGGGAAAAAUUUGCUACAAGGCUGAGAAGCUUUUUAAUGUACCAAUGUUAGCGAGCUAGAGCGAGACAUGCCGUUGAACUUAUUCCUUAGAAAAACAUGUAUAUAUAGAGCUGUAUUAACGGUGGUUCUUCAAUCUGUUAGCUAAUUUGUUUUCUGCUAACUUCCUGUGGCACAGUGCAUAUGGUAUGUCUGAAAUCAGCCGCAAAAGUUCAGUUUUUUCAACAUACUUCAGGCACAUUCUGGGCCGGAAAAAAAAGGAAGGAGGAGUUUCGCAAAUAUCAGAGGUGAUGGAGGUUGUCGCGCAUAUGUACCCCAAGCUAUGUAAAACGAGGCAUAAAGCUCACUAAUUAACAUGGUAUAUCUCAUUUCUUUAAUUCACACAAAGCUAGCAUUAGCUUGGUAUUUCCCGUUCAAACAUGACAGUGGUAUCAAUCUUCUCAUUUAACUCUCGUCAAGAAAGCAACAGGGUAUUACGAUUAAUUUUUGCUACACUCAUCACCAGCGGCAGCAGAAAUCAAAGAAAAAUCUGUCUGGGUCUUUUAACACAAGAAAGACACACACCUCAGGUAUCAAACCAAAUCAGAUUUCAGCCAGUUGUGUUCUUUUCCAAAGCUUCACCAUCUAAACACUAACCCUCGCCGGAUUGGUACGCUGUCCUGUGUGAAUUCUACAGUAAAAACCGGUUCUGUCAUUUUCUAAAAUCCCUUCUUUUUGUGAAUGAAGUCCACCUGUAAAUAGCUGAAUCACCCUAAAAGAUCUCGAUUUACACCUCUCCCAAACCGUGGGGAACACAGUCAGUGUUUUGCCAUGCUCUUCUAUUAUUUUUUUCCACAGAUAUAUGUAAAUGUACCCUUUGAGAUAUGUGUUUAGCACUCAAAUACUAGUUCUGCAUUUGAUAUAAUAAUUGUAAUGUAACAUCUUAAAUGAUAUGUCGUGAGAGGGAUACAGUGCAGUAUGAUAUGAUGGAUUGAGGUGCUUGUGACGUAUACAUUUUAAAAUGAGACAAAAAAAAUGGAAAUUGAUUUUUAAUGUUUUAUCAGUUUUAGGCAGCUGAGUUCUUCUUGUGAUUCGGUAAUAAUGAUUUUAUGGAACUUGUUUGUGCUUUUUUUUUUUCGCCAAAUGACUCGUCAACAUGUGAGUUGACAAAAAAAAGUCACUUUUUCUUUUCUUUUUUUUAAUUUUAUUUUGAACGUCAUGCCUCUCACAUGAGCCACAGAGACUGUUUUGGAUGUUUACACUCUGAAUAAAAACAAGUCAGGAAUUUUCAUACAUUAAUUUUAUAAUCAGAUAUUGUUUAAUAAUCAUGAACUAUAUUCUAUAUCGAUCAUCACUGGUUAGUUUACCCUAACAAAAAAAAAAAAAAAAAAGACAAAUAUUUGAACUUUGAUGAGAUGAAGCAUGUCAGUAUCGUCCAUGUGUGCAGCUGUCUAUUCUGUAUAAAAAAGGACUAUAUUGCCAUGUGUGUUAUGUUUGAUAAAUAUACGUGCUUUGCCACCAGGUUGAUGUAAAGGCAAACUUCAAUUUCCUAUAAGACGAUGCGUGUCAGGGUGUUGUUGUUUCCUCGUUAUUUGCAUGAAGGAGACAUGACUGUGUCUUUGCAGUUUUUCAGGUGAUGUGUAGUCAAUUGUACUGACAACUAUGGUAGGCGGUGUUUGCCCCCCUCCUCCACACUCCCCUUCCCUCCCUCUCCACCCACUCUUUUCUAAAGAAAACUCCAUUGUACUUUGAUGGCAUUGUAGUCCCUGUAGGUGUUUCAUUAUGGUUUUAUUUUUUAAGUUGGAAAUAGUUCUAUGACUCCUAUAUAGUGAUGAUUUUUGUAACCUUCUCUAGUAAAACCGAUAUUUUUUAUUAUCGUGA